GAAACCCCACCCUCUGUGACUUUAAGCACAGACGUAGAAGUGGUUCGAGGUCCUGACGAGGGAACACUGACCGAGGAAGAGGAAUAUGAUAAUACAUUAUGAUGGAGUUAUUGCCCUGAACGCUCUCUUUGGACUGUACCAACAAGACCCGCGAACUGGACCAGGCCACGCGCUCAACUUCACUUAGGAACUAACGGGAUUUGUUUUUACUGCGUGUUUCUCUGGGAAAUAAAGGUUUGGAUAGCCCUUCCUGUUACAAAGUCGGCGGUUCUAUACAAAGUUUCUUUAAUAUUUUGAUAAAGUCCAGUUCAUGCUUCAGAUGACACCGUAAACUUAUGGAUAGUCAAGCUGAACGGAAUGCAGGAUUUCCUGCACCACACAGUUGCGGUCACACGCGGUUAUUAGAGAUUUAGGUUUACUAAUGCGUACUGGUGGGAUCUGAAACUCGUCGUAAAACACUGGUUGGCUGGACUGAAUGCUCCUUUCCUGCUAUUCUUCUCCGCCUCGCAGCGCUUCCUGCUUGUGGUGCACUUAAUGGCUAAAAAUACACAACAACUCAAAAUGGACAGCUACAUCUAGCGAGAACCAUAAUAAUUUGGUAUUUUACAACAAACUUUGGAUAGCUUUAUUUUUGUCCCUACACUCCACUUAAAAUCAGUUCUCAACAGGUGGCAAUUUUGAAUGAGGGAAGAGAAGAGCUCAUUUACCCAUAAUGAGGUGAUUCAAGAGCCUCUUAAAUACAGGCCCACUGAAAUGUGCUCAAACCAUGUUGGGAAACCACACAUCACUUGAACACAGAGAAUCAGUUCAGACAGUACUGCCUUUCUGAGCUUUAAGACACUUCAAACAAAAGCAACCUCUCAACUGAUUCUGUAUGUGGAAUGGAGAGCUUAACAUGUAAUGUCAAGACGAAUGAAAGACACUUACUAUUCAGUUAUCUGUGAAUCCUCUCCUGCAGCCCACUUGUUGGUCGCGCUUUUGAACACAUUUCACUGGUCCCUGAUGAACCAACAAAAAAUACAGGAAAGGGAGCGAGGCGCAAUAAAGUACUCCUUUGUACUUUAUUUUCAAACCCUUGGGGUGCAAAAUCAGAUCCAGUCAAAACAUCUGCUUGAGGCUCCAUGGAGCCACUGAAGAACAUAUUGAGUCGUGGUCCACUGUCCAACUGUAAAAAUUUGGAUCAAGCACAAAAAGGGAAUUUCACCAACCCUGUGUGGACGGCCUUAUUCGACUAUGAGGCGUCCUGUAAAGAUGAGCUCACCUUGCGUAAAGGUGACCUGGUGGAAGUCCUGUCUCUGGACUCUGAGAUAUCGGGCGAUGAUGGCUGGUGGGCGGGUAAGGUCAACAACAAGGUGGGCAUCUUCCCAUCUAACUAUGGCUCUUUCAAGCCAACUGAAUUUGCAAAGCUCCCGUGCACUGCCGUGGUUGGAGAGCUUACCCCGGCUGUGGUUAGCCAGUUCGAACCCGACGUGCUGGAUUUCCGGGAUCUGAAACUGGAGGAGGUCAUCGGGGUCGGGGGCUUUGGAAAGGUGUAUCGUGGUACAUGGAGAGGCCUGCUGGUUGCUGUGAAGGCCGCACGGCAAGACCCGGAUGAGGAUAUCAGCGUGACAGCUCAGAACGUCAGGCAGGAGGCCCGUUUGUUUGCCAUGCUCACCCACCCCAACAUCAUCGCCCUGAAAGGCGUCUGCCUGCAGGAACCCAACCUGUGCAUCAUCAUGGAGUACGCCUCUGGGGGGGCUUUGAGCCGGGCUCUGGCAGGGCGUCGUAUCCCGCCCCACAUCUUGGUCAACUGGGCCGUGCAGAUAGCCAGAGGGAUGGUGUACCUGCACAGCGAGGCUAUCGUCCCCGUCAUCCAUCGAGAUCUCAAGUCCAACAACAUCCUCCUGUCUCAGCCCAUAGAGAAUGAAUGUAUGGAGGGUUUGACGCUGAAGAUCACGGACUUCGGCCUGGCCAGAGAGUGGCACAAGACCACCAAGAUGAGCACCGCCGGCACCUACGCCUGGAUGGCCCCCGAGGUCAUCAAGUCCUCCACCUUCUCCAAGGGCAGCGACGUUUGGAGCUAUGGUGUUCUGCUGUGGGAGCUGCUCACAGGAGAGGCCCCCUACAAGGGGAUUGAUGGACUGGCCGUCGCCUACGGAGUGGCAGUGAACAAGCUGACCCUGCCCAUCCCUUCCACGUGCCCCGAACCCUUCGCUCAGCUCAUGUCAGAGUGCUGGGACCAGGACCCCCACCGCAGACCCAGCUUCAGCUCCAUCCUGUCCCAGCUGCUGGCCCUGGAACAGCAGGUGAAGGAAGAGAUGCCGCAGGAAUCCUUCCACUCCCUGCAGGAGGACUGGAAACUGGAGAUCCAGGACAUGUUCGAUGAACUCCGGGCUAAAGAGAAGGAGCUGCGAAGCCGCGAGGAGGAGCUGAAGCGAGCGGCGGUGGAGCAGAAGUCCCAGGAAGAGUUCCUGCGGCUGAGGGAGCAGGAGCUGGCCCAGUGGGAGCAGGACGUGUUCGAGCGCGAGCUCAGCCUCCUCAUCCUCCACCUGAACCAGAACCAGAACCAGGAGAAACCCAACGUGAAGAAGAGGAAGGGCACCUUUAAGAAGCACAAGCUCAAGUGCAAGAAUGGCGAGAAGAUCAGCCAGCCUCAAGAUUUCAUCCAUAAGAUCACGGUGCAGGCUUCCCCAGGCCUGGAGAAGAGGCGUAACUCUCCUGAUAUGGGUUCAGGCUCCUCACCCUCCUUUCGCCGUUUCCGUGCAAUCCAACUCAGUCCCAGUGACAACAACAGGACGUUUGGUUUGAGCCCAGUCUUCCCCAUAGAGGCCCCUUCUCAUAAACAAGCCAAUGGGGACCUGAGGGCUGGCCCUCACUGGAGGCCCCAGAGCCCCAAAAGCCCCAAAAGCCCCAAAGUCCUGCGCCUCAGUCCCCAGGAAAGCAGUCUGUCUAUGAGGGCCAAGCUACUGGAGUCCGACAGCAACAAGGGGGGUGAAUCCAAGGAUGACUUUGAGGAGUACAGACCCUCCGAGCCCACAGCUCAGAACGGCGCCUCAGUGAAGGACAGCCUGCGGCUCCCUAUACCUCAGCGAGACUCGGUCAGCGAGGAGCGGGGGUCCUCCCCGGCUGGCUCCCCCAGGCCUGAGAGGAGGGGCCUCAUUAAGGGCACCCACCGGGCCAUACUGGGCUACGGCUCCCUCGUGGCCUCUAUAGGACUCGGCCGCUGCCUGGAUAUUCCCCCAAGGGUGCCACCUCGAACUAACCUCCCUUCCCUAGAGAACCACACCCCCUCCGAACCAGAGAUCUCCCUGCCCAUGCCCCUCAUUUCAGACCCCCCAGUGGUGGACGAUCUCAUUACCUUUUCCACCUCGGAGCAGCUCCCCAGGCCACUCUUAGAUUUAGCGAUGCAGUACCAGGAACUGAAGCCCUUGCCCCUGACGCCGCCUCCACCAAACCCCCGUGAGAGGAGCGGCCGCCGGACGCCGCAGAUGCCGCACAGCCCUCAGAGCCCCCGGACCCCCAUUCGGCACAGCAAGGCCAGCCCAGGGGAAUGGACCCCAAUUUCCCAGUCAACUAAUGGGGGGGUGGGCUGUGAGUCCUGUGAGCACAGAGCGGAGCGGAGGAGAAGGUCCAGCCACGGCCUGCACGCCUCCCAGCUAGUUUUGGACCUGCCCUUGUGCCAGGACUCACAGGACCCUGAUGAUAAGCCUCCUGUGCCCUCUCCCCUCCACCCUAGCCCCGCCCUCUCCAGCCCCAAAACCCGACGCCUGGAGGUCAGCGUGAUCCCCCGGCCUCGCCCGUCCCCCAUCCGCCCCCGCAUCGACCCCUGGAGCUUCAUCUCAGCCGGUGGCGGGACCUCUGGGGGCCGCAGCCCGCACCGCUCUGACAGCAACCCUCUGGGCUACCAGCCUUCCCCUACCAACCCCUUCACCAACUGUGACCCCUUCCCCUCACCGGACUGCGACCCCUUCGCCCUCAAGGCUGACCCCUCGAGCGGCUCGGACACGGCUUCUCCCUUCGACCCCUUCUCCACUCCCUUUCCCACCUCCCGUUCUGCCCCGUGCUCCACUAACGGUUCCCCCACGCUGCCAACCUUCCGUAUAGCGCCCCUCAACCCGGCCGAUUCGCCCCUCAUCGACCUGGGCUGGGCGGCCUGCAGCAGACCCCUGGAUGUUACCAAAGAGAGGGCUCACCCCCGCAAGACACUGGGGCUCAAGCCCUUCAAGUCCCCAACGCAACUCAGAGACGAUAGGUUCUAAACACGAGGCAAGGCCGGGGGUUUGUCGCAGGAACACAGUCUAGGACCAUCUCACUACUAUGUCCUCCAUCUUAACAAACAUUUGGAAUCUUUAAGAAAAAACCCAUCAAUCAACCCACUGAGUGAGUUUUACCCCACAAUCAUUGCAGGUCCUAUUGAUACACCAGCCUGCCGCUUCGGAAGCCAGUGAAAGGCGGUGCUUUGUAUUGUGGGAAAGCUGCCUUUGAACCAAUAGCUGGUGCCCAUUUUAUUCUCCCUCUCUAUCCGGGUUUCUCUCCCUUUGAAGAAGCAGAACACAGAUCACCAGUCCCAUCUUCCGAUCCUAACAGGCUGCUCAUAUCACCUGCUUUCAUCUCCCGCCUACCUUUGAAGCAUUGUGACAAUGCAGAGGUGGAUAAGGCGCCUUGCACAGCUUCAUCUGCCUCUACCUCUCUGCAAACUGAAAGCAUUCAGGACAAUGGAAAAUUGGAGUGCCUUAGUUCGUGAAGUGUUUUUAGUAUAUAUCUUUUCAAGAUUUCUUAUAUGGUUUAUCUGGUGCGUAGGGAAGAUGCUUUCAAUUUGACUCAAAUUUGCAAAUCAGCUUGCUAUUACUGUGGAAGAAAAUGUCGUCCACGUGUCUGUGUGUGCAUGUCUAGGCUCAUUGUUCGAGGAGAGCUUAUGUUUAAAAAAGAAACAACAGCAUCUGCCUGUUGUAUUAUGGGAGAAAGUGUGAAUAUUCUAGGCCACUCAUGAAAUCCAAAACAAAUCCAUGACCCAGACAUUCCACUUGGAAACAGAUACAAUUCCAAUGACGUUCCCCUUGAGAUGCCAGGGAUUUAUUCGGCUGGCAGGCGACACAGGAAACGAGCCGGGGGAGCCCUCUGCAUUCCCUUCACAUGCCAAAGAAUGCCACUGUGACAGUACGGGCUGGCACACGGAGUGUUUGCAAAUACAUUGUUUUGACCUCCAUGGAGUGCCAGAUGGGUGGGCUCUGCCACACUGGACAGUACAGAGAGUUGACAACACCUUAAACACUUUUCAUAUCAUCCAGUCUGUCUUCACUACCCGUCUGAUGCUGUAGGAAGGUUCAACCAAAUACAUUCAAGUAUUUGCAAAUAUUACAAAAUGUAUGGAAGCUUCAUUUAACAUUUUAUUUAUUUGUACAGUACAGCAGAGCAGUCGUAGCUUUGCAAAGCCAGCCUACAAUUUCGCAGUAUUUUUCACUAAUUGACAUUUCUCCCCUUUACCCCAUUAGAGGAAGUUGGAAAACCAUUGUUGUUAUGGAAGUGUUAAAUAUAUCCUGAUGUGAUAAAAAAUCAUGCUGCUUUUUCAACAACUUAAUUGUGAAGAAAUACGUUGCCCUUUUUGUGAGUGAAAGGAAAGGUGAUACCACUCUUUUAUCACUCCGUUUCAUUUGAAGCUUAAGCUAGCAUCUGGUUAGCUUAGCAUAAAGGCUGGAAGCAAGGGGAAACAGCUAGCGUGGUUUCAUUUAUAGUACAUCAUUUCUUGUUUGUUUAAUAGCAGUGGCUUUCUGGUGUUUUGUCAUCACUCCAGCCAGUGAAAUACCAAGAGAAGAAAGCUAGUAGAUAAAGUUAGCUUUAAACGGAGCAGUGUUAGCUGUUUCCCCCGGUUUACAGCGUUUUGGCUAAGCAAUCUGUCUAAGCGUCAAACGUACGCUCAUUAUUCACAUGGCUAGUCAGGCUUUAUCAAAUCUCAGCACAUGUAUAUCAGAUUUGCUGCCUUUGGUGUGAGAUGUAGGCUGACUUUGCAAGGCUAAUGUAGCAGGGCUGCUAAACCCUGGUCCCUCAGUUUGUUUGUGUUAAAAGUCCGACUUCAACCAUUUUAACAAUGCUAAACAGAUCUGGUAGGAUCCUGUGAAUAACAGUGAUGGCAUGUUGAGAUACUUCUACAGCAUACAACAUUGAGCAAUAAUACAGGAAGAAAUUCAUUGUAGAGAUGCUAAAAUAUCAAUUAUUCCAGAAUGCACUGGAGCAGCAACUUGCCCUUUAACUUUAGUUCACUAUCAUUAUCAUCAAUGAUCGAAUGACAUACUUCAUGGUCAGGCAUUUUCUCCAGGGGUUUCCAGCAACAAAUGCUUCACAAACUAAGCCCUUGAAUGGUUUGGAUAUCACAGAUAUAAUCCAAUUAGUAUGAUCCACCAAAUGUUAAUGGCAGUCAAACUAGUUCUCAAGCAUGCAGGCAACUGAAAGAGACCCACUAAGCGCAAAUUCGUCCUGUUCCCAUCGCAGCAGCAUUACGAGGUACAAAUACUGAUUGGCUUCAACACUGACACCGUGUCAUUGGAGGACAAUACAAGCUUUGUUCCGACGAAGAGUGAAAACCUUGUCUCCAAAGGGGGAAAGCCUGAUUAGCCUAAUAAUCCGUCUGACGAACAGAGGAGGCUGAUAGCGAUAAUUAGCCUCUUGAUAAGAGUGGAGAGCAUUAACAAAGCGUUCAGAUAUUUGGUUAAUUAAUUUCCCCCAACGUUAGGAAAAAGCCUCCUCGCAAGGUAUAUUGAGUUGAUCACUGCAUCAGCUUACGUCUCCAUUUAAGCCGUGCCCUUUUUUUAUGCAUAAAGUUUCAAAGACGCGGCGAGCUAUCUUUCCCUUUUUCUUUUAUUCUUUUAUUCUCUCCACUGCUGACGGAUGAAAUCUUCACAAUCGAAGCUCACCUUCUUCCACGUCCUUUGCUUUCAGGUCAUGUGGGGAGGUUUUCUUUCUUCUCCUUCUUACUCCUACCUAUCAUUUCUCCUCUGGAAAGUUUUCUCGAUGGCAGUUUUGUCCUGACUCAGCUACAGCCAGGUUUCCAUCCGGGGAAAAAUAAAUGGCAUUUGUUCUAGAACAGAGUCCAUUAUUGGAGUAGUGCUCAUUUUACAGAGUCAAUUGCAUUUCUUUGAAAUUGAAACAGGAGCUUUUUUGAAUAUUUCUAUUGAACGUUAGUGUGUCUGUUCAUCAACCUCUGGACAUCAAAGCAAUAUUAAAAGUAACAAACAGACAGUGCUUUUAAAGGUCUCAGUAUGCUUCAACUUGAUGGUGUUGCCCAACCAUAUCGAAGGGCUAAAGUGUUAGCUGUACGAAUGGCCACAGUUGAAGGUGGGCUGAAGAGCCUUUGUCCUAUACUUGUAUUGUUGCAAUUAAUUGGGUCAAAAAAGACAUAAAGAGAGGUUAAACACUGCCUACUUUCCCACCGCCACAAACUAAGUGUACAUUUGGAUAGACCUGAUUGACAUUAUGUCUCCUUUACAAACUAGAACAACCAUUGUGGUUGUUCCUAUAAGUGUCCUGAAAUUAGUAUAAAGGUCAUGCUACGUUGUACCCAUAUAAAGGAUUAGUUUGACAUUCAGGGGAACAAGUAUUUACUGUGUUGUCGAUGGAAAGAAAACCACUUUUGUAUAGUCCAUACAAUUUGAAGCUAACAGCCAGUUAGCUUAGCAUUAGGACUGAAAGCUGCUAGCCCUGGUUCUGUUAAAAGGUAAAAGGAUCUGCCUUCCCGCUCUUGCAAAGUUCCAUUAGUGACUUCCUGGAGUUUUUCACUGUUAGGUGGCCAAGCAACCAUUGAACUCUCAGAGAAGAGAAUAUGUAGUUACCUUUGGACGGAGCCAGGCUAGCCUCUUGAGAUUUUGCUAAGCUAAGCCAACUUUCUAAACAUGGGUAAAGGCUAUUAUGCAUACAAAAAUGUUCUAGGUGAUGUUAGACAAACUGACAAGCACUUAAUUUAAGCUUCACCACUGCAUUCUUUGUUUUUAAUGUCUGAUUUGCACAGGAUAAACAUAGCAAAACUUAAGGUUGACUAUCUUAUGUUGGCAGAAAGUGGCACCAGAUAGAUUAGUAAAAGCUGCAGGUUUGAUAUAGAAUUUGUCUCUCAGCAGUAUUCCCUACCUUCUUCCUGAUCCUGUCCUCGCCACAAACAUUUUGCAGAUGUGAUGAGUUAUUGCCUUGUCUCUUGGUGUCAAAACAAAAGCCACGAAAGUCAUCCUGCGAAAGUCAUUAGUCUAGGAUGGCUGUUAUUGUCAACAGAGCUCUGUGAGGAGAAAUGAUACAUGAAGGAAAUUGAGAUGAUUGAAACGUCUGGCAGAUUAUUUCUGUCAAAAAUUCCGUGUGUGUGUGUCAAGUAUCCACUUCAACCUGCCACUCAUGACUUGUAUGAACGUUCCCUCAGCGCCAGACUUUAAUUUUCCCUCAGACGUGAAGUUGAAAAGUGUUGCCUGUCGUUUUCACUCGAGCUUUCGCACGCUGAGUAGUCGACUUCAAUAGCAGUCAUUGUGCUUUUCCCAUAUGGUUAAGUUAUUGUAAAUACUUGGAGUCGGUUUCCUCCUUUGAGUGGUGAGACACCGUUCUUCUGUGACAUGACCUUUGCUUAGAAAUAUGCUGCAUUACAUAAAAUGCUAUUUUUAACAUCCAAAUCCUCGCCUCUUUAAGUGUAAUCUGAAUCUGACAAAACUAAUUUAGUAGCCGGGCGAUUGAAGACAUUUGAAAGAAGCCUUUUUGUGGACAGGGGUGUCCGAUAUUUGGUUUUGCCUGUCAGAUUUAGGAACCGUAGCUGCCACUCCUCUUCCCCAACUGACAGCCUGCUCUCCAAUAAGCGUGCACUGAUGAGUUGUUUGUGACGCUCCGCUCUUCCAGGCAUCGCCCCAUCCGUCAUUUCAAAUCAGCCUCCAGUGUACAAACUGACAGGGAGAAGAGGAGUGCAUUCUCUGCAUGGGGAUAUCCGGCCACCGGUGUUACUCUUUCCGCCCCGCUGUGGCAGGCAGCAGACAUGAUUUGAUGAUCUUAAUUCAAAGUUCAAGCUCAGACCAUUGCCCUUAAUCAGCCAGUGGCAAAUGGUCAAUACGUUACAUGAAUACAAGCUAAUGAGAAAACACAAUAGGGGAACCCGAGGCUCUGACCCUCAUCCCGCCGAGAGGCUUCUUGUAAUAUGCCUUUGUGUUAUAGCAUUUCAGAGGUGAAAAAUCAGAGCUAUUCUCCAGAAGGGGAAAAAAACAUGUUGCCAGCUAGCUACUUUCUGGCUUUGUUAACAUUGGAAAGCGUUGCUUAAUGCAACCAUCCAUUCCAUCAGGAUAACACUUAAAGCUUAAUUUUGCUUUUUCAUCAGUGGAUAUGUUUAUAUGCAUACUAAUUGUUUCAUUUAGCCACUGAUUCAAAUUGAAUCCCUAUACUAGUUUGGACCCUUGAAUUGAAUUAUCCUGAUAACUGAGAGUAACAGAGCGCAGCGUGCAUACAAACAUACCCAUCUGCAGUGUUGGACUUUAAAGAAGUCGAGUCAGUAGGGGAGGGGACUGUAUUUCUUAAAUUGCUCCAGCUCCUGUUAAAUCAUGCUUUCACCCCUUCACGGUUACAGAGAAAAUUGGAGGAUAAAGGGCAUUUAUUUUAUUGAUGAAAUCUUACCUUGGCGGCUCAGUGAAGAGAACAUUCUAAAAGGAGGGAAUAGAUGACCUGACAUUUUAGUGGCUUUCACCCCAUUUACCUCUGCUGCCUGUGCUUGCUUUUGUUCAAUUAAGUGGAGGUUACAAAUAUACCUGCUUAUCAGCCUCUUUCAGUUGUCUCAGUGCCAGAGACAUUAUGGCUCUUUCUGGCUCAUAUGAACUGAAACACCUGCUCAGGCCUUUGUUUGGCAUUAACAGGCCGAGACCAAAUGAUCAAAUAUGACCUUCUAUUGACAGUACAGGAAUAGCACAUCCCAAUAGAGACGUGGACAAAAGCCACGUACACGAGAGGCUCUGCCAGGUGCGUAUAAGCCAGUGCUCGGUCUCUCAAAGUGUGAACAUUAUUCCUAAUUCUUUUCAGUCUGUGAAAUCCAAGGUCACCAUCUGCUGUCCUCUUUUUCUGUAAAACUGGAUGAAUGGGAGCUGUGAAAGGAGGACCAAUUUGUUUCGAAGACCACAGUGAAGGCUGGUGCUCCGAGUAGCGAUUUAAACAUGGAUUUAUUGUAUGAGGUUAUUAAGUCCAAGGCCCGCUUACUCUUCCCCCUUCUCUCCACAGCCCCACGACGUGAUUAUUGUUCGGCCUAGCUAUUGACACACAAUUACCUUGUGAUCUUCCUGGAAUAGAAGCCGUUCAAUCUGUACAUUUCUCUUUCUGUAGUGUUGAUUGAGUGUGCUGCAAACCAAUUGGUUGUGUCAACAGCCAUUGUGUCUCAAUUAUGGAGUCUGCGAAUGAUUUAUUGUUGUCUCCUCAUCAUCGUUGGCAGAUGAAAGGUCUGAAAUAGCUGAUAUUAUAAUAUUAUGUCAUACUACGUGUCAGGGUGGAUAAGCUAGUCUUACAAACUAGCGUCCUUGAAGCUUCGCGAUAUAGUAACUACAUCUUUGACAAUAUUUUUCUUCCACCUCACACUUUUUUCCUGCCAUAAAAUGCUAAACAGAUUGCCUGCCAUCCUAUUAGUUGGCAUAUUCAACCUUCUUCCAAUAACGUAUUUUGUGGUUGACUUUCGGAGGUAAACAAUAAAUUAGGCUUUGCCCUGUUUGCUAGCCCCAUUAGCCACAGUCCAAGCUAGCCUCGUUCUCCUAAAGGUCAGCUAAAUAAAUAGUAAAUGCUACAAAUUUGCAUGCAGAAGUUCAACAGAGUUCAAAUAUGGAAAUCUAUGCAUGGAUUUUGUUUUCUUCUGUGUAGACCAUGUGUGGCUAAAAAAUACAAACUGGAUGGUUUACUUAUGACAGGCAGGUGUAAGGUGACUAAAACAUUCCAGAUAAGUCAGCAACAACAACACAAAUGGUUACAAAUGUCCAACAUUGUGUUUAGAGCCAUGGUUUUGUAUGACGGUGAUACAAAAUAAUGUAUUUUCUCAAGGCAAAAAAAAUAUAGUCCUGGUUAAAUAUUUGACUAAGUCUUGUGGGAAUUUAAAAGUAGCUGGUCUCUUUCAGGUGCUUCUGCUUGGGCUUGAAUAACACACAGUACUGUAAAAGCUUCCUACCAGCCAGCUUUACAACACUUCUACACAGGGGUGGAAGUGGAUAUUUAUAUAUGGCCAUCGUUUUACACACUGGAUCAAAACUAUUUCUAGAUGGCCAUGGACGCGGUCUACAUUAGGAUGACGGAUUGAUUGCUUCAUAUGAACAAAACAUUGUAUAGGUUUUCACUGGAGUAUUUAAGAUGUAUGUAUGGGUGCUUCACAUGAGGCAGAUUCACUUUACAUUCCAGUUCUUCAAUUGGACCUAAAUCUGUAUCAAAAUGAUUCCCCUGCAAGCCCCAGUAUUUGUGUGUAGCAGAAAAGGCCUGGUAGAGAUUGAAAUCAGGUUCUUAGUGUACAUUGCCGCAAAAUCCCAAACUCAAAUCACAGUCUAAUGACUCCUUGGGGCACCCAUACUGAAUUUGUAUGUGCAUAAAACUGCUAGAUAGAGACGAGGAUUGUGUCGCUACCUUAAGUAGAAGACCAGGUUGACCUCCUCUCUGUCUUUGUAUCUAUUUGCUUUUUAUUGUUAUUGUUCCAGAUUCAUUUCCAUGUCUAUUUUGUGUCUUAUUUCAACCCAGGCGAUGUGAUGACACAACUGUUGCAUUGCCCUGGCAGCCCUUACAUCUCUCUCAGAACGGCCUCUGCUCAUGCGAGUAAGAGCUUUUGCGAACAUCGGGCUUUGAAUAUUUGUUAUUGUUGCAUUUUUGUGAAAUCUCGCACUGGGCUGGGCCUAAUCAACUGUUUUUAUUGUUGUGUGUCAAGAGGACUAUUUCUGUAUACAGUAUGUGAAAAUGUUUGUAUUUCUCUUGACUAUUAUAAUGGGUUUUAACCUGUGGAAAAAAAAAACAAAGGAAAAAGCUCAAAAAGAGACCAAAUAAAAUGUAACACUCCUUA